CGGUAGGAGGCGCGGCCACGUUGAAAGACACACAAGCGACUAAAAAGCACGAAGAACUAAUUGCACCGGAAGUCAGAGAAGCGGGAGAUUGGAAAACGUAAACAGAGUAAACAACCUUGUGAAUUGCAGCCGGAGCAUUCACAAAAAUGCUGAAAAAGCCGCCGAAGCUAAAGAGCACCAUAAGGUCUAAAGCAAAGGGGAACGUGGACAUCGCAGCGGGCUCGGAGGCGAUGAUUGAACUACUGACACUAUUGUUCCUGAACAGCCUGGCUGAAGAGGCGAAGGCCAAGGCGUUUGAGGAGAAAUCUGCAACAAUCAGAGCUCACCAUGUCAAAGCAGUGUCUAAGAAAGUGCUAAGGAAGGCAAGAGGAUGAAGAAGACGAGGAG